AUGCUGCAGGUAAAACUUCCUUCCAACUCAAAAUACACAAAAGGCGCCAAUGGCUUCAGCCCUGUCUUAACCCGACCUUCAGUCGCCUCUGCACCGAUUCGGCAUCCACAACAGUCUCAGCUCUCUCUCGGCCCGCCAGCUCCGCCCGGACAAUUAGGUGGCCGGAUAUGUCAGCCUACCAGACAGCCCAGUCUUCUACAGACGGUUCCGGGUUUAGCAGAGCACUUGGUUGCUGAUUCUUGGCAGGUUUCGUCUUCAUCUGCUGCCUCCGCGCUUACCGCUGCCUCUUCAUCGAAAUCCUCGGCAGCCGCUUCUCUCUUCUUAGCUACUGCCCAUUUAGUGCCUACCUCCAGCCUUCUUUUGCCGCCCAAGUCUGCUGUAGACCCUGCCUCCACUUCCGGACGUCGGCAUCCAAGUUCUCUUGAGGUCAGACAGCCAGUACCAUUAAUCGACGAAUUGGCUGUUCUUGCGGGCUCGUCAGCCGGUGGAAGUACUGUGAACGCUAUCGCUUCGAGAUUAAUGCUUCGUGGUGGAGACCUGGGUAUGCACUUUGGCGCGGUUGACACAAGAAUGGACGAGGAUAGGGACUGCGUUAGACCUGUUGAAGGCGUAAGUAAUCCUAUUUUUAUUGUUAUUUUAGCUUAUAUUUUCAGUCAAAUUAUAGUCCAAUCUUGUUAUUAUUAUUAA